GGCAAGCGCAUUGGUUUUCUUGGUCUCGAGUCGCCGUCGUUGUCCCCCCUGGUCGGCGCCAUGAGUAAUACGCUGCUCCGGGUCUACCCUUCCGAGCUCAAGCUGCCAUUCGAGCUGAAGAAGGCGAAUUCAGGAUGCAUCGAGCUCGUCAACAAGACCGAAGAGCGCGUAGCUUUCAAGGUGAAAACGACGAACCCAAGAAAGUACGCGGUGCGGCCGACGUCCGGCAUCGUGCCGCCAGGGGGAUCCUGCGGUAUCACGAUCACGAUGCAGGCGCCCAAGGAGAUCCCUCAGGAUUACCAGUGUAAGGACAAGUUCCUUGUUCAGAGCGUUGUAGUCCAGGAAGGGAUAACGAAUAGGGACAUCGUCCCUGAGAUGUUCAAUAGAGCGCCUGAUAGGGUGGUGGAGGAGUUCAAGCUGCGGGUGGUUUACAUCCCUGCCAAUCCCCCCUCACCUGUGCCUGAGGAGGAUGAGGAAGAGAUUGCGGAUUCGGAGAUAGACCAUGAAGUGUUCAGGCAAUCCAUGAUCCAUCCUGCAUCUAGGCAAGGACACACAUCCGGAUCACAACCUUCGUAUGAUGAGGAGGUUUCUAUGGUUAAUUCAGAAGUGGCUAAAUAUGUAGAUGAAAACAAGAAGCUUCAGCAAGAGCUGGAACUGCUUAGGGAAAGAAACCAAUCUUUUGGAGGUUUCUCGCCUAAGUUUGUGCUCUUCGUCUUCCUGUUAUUUGUCCUUGUUGGAUACUUGAUGACAGGUCGGAAGGUUUAGUGCCACAUCAUUCUACGACUUCGAUUAUGCCUUGGUUACCCCUUGUUUUGGAUGCUUUGUCUCUUCGCCUUUUUAGAAUAGUCUACACUGUAUAGAAAGGGUUUUCUGGUUUUGAUGUUAUACAUGUGUUGGGACUUGGGAGUGUACAUUUUUUUGGAAUAUGCAGAAAGGUGUAUUGCAUGUCUCUUACAUUAAGAACUUGCCCCAUCAGAACUGUGAUGUUUCUUAUUUCACCUUAUGAAUCUC